AUGACGACUUUCCAGAAGAACAUCCUGUCUGACCCAACCAGUGACGGAAAUGCGUCAGAGUUCAAUCAGAUAGCUCCUUCAACUCCACCAGAACCUCCUUCGUAUCAGACAUUUCCAGAAUUCGACAGGAGGCCUAUAAAUGAGCUUGUCAAUAGCGAUUCACUCACCCAAAGGUGCCCAACUUGUGGAGGAACGGGGAAGCUCACCAAAGGUCAGCUUGUCUACUUUUUUUUAAUGAGUGACUCAUUCUGCGCGCGAUAGAACUGUUAGGAAAGUCCUUUUAUUUUGGACAAUAAGGUUUAUCACUGCGUAAUUUGAAACUAGAGCCUUUUAAUAUUAAACUUAAGCUUAUGAAUAUCUCGUUUGCAUGCAUUUCAGAACGUGUCGCGCUGAGGCGUACAAAUUUGAUUAAGCCAUUUAAUACAUAAAUUGAAAUUAUUCUUUUGUUAAUGUUGCUACAUUUGCUGUUACUUCCUACAGUUCUGUGAAAAGUGAAAGCUCUAUUAAGCGGACCCCCAAUCAAGUGGACACCCUCUAUUAAGCGGACCUGACUAGGCCGAGUCGCGAAAUGAACUUCUUAUAUUUCCCCACUCAGCGGACACCUCUAUUGAGCGGACGCAGACUGCUAAAAUAAGUUGUAUUUGGCUAAUUUCUAUUGUUAAAAACCUCUAUUAAGCAGACGCUGGACCGAAUUGACAAUAGUAGUACUGUAUUAAGUCCAUGAAAUCAGCUGACGUUUUUGCAUUUACACCCAAAUUAAAGAUGGUAAUGAACUUGAACUCUGGAUAGCUUAUUUAACAACACAGAACUUUAUCACAGUACAGAGUAACUGUUGAAUUUUGAUCGUUGACAAAAUCGCGUAAUUUUUACCACCUCUAUUAAGCAGACACUUGGGACGGUCCUGAAGGUGUCCGCUUAAAAGAGGUUUCAUGCACUGUAUUGUAGAUCGAGGUUUCUACUCACCUGGUGGAUGAGGUCCUCAGAAGUGAUUUAUUUAAGUUGUAAGAGGUUGUUGUUGAGUUUACUGUCAUGCAUCUGGGUGUUGUCUGUGUGAGUCCCACACCUCCACACCUGAGAAUCUGAGAAUUGCAAAUAGCAGUACGUCAUCAGAAAAUGUGUGACAAAGAUAUGUCUGUUGGCUAGUAGCCUGCGUAGCUGGUGGUAUUGUGUAGUAGUCGAGUGAGAUUUGGUGGCGAAGCCAUCACGAGCAGUGUAAGCCACGAGAAAUAGAAAUACCGCCUGCCAGAGAAGCAUGAUUUUUUGAAAGCCGCCCGCUUUUAUGACCUCAACUUAGCAGACCUUUAAGGCAACAGAUGUUCAUUUCAAAGAGUUCAAAAGGUGACGGUUUGUAAUUUGUGAUUGGAGGAUUUUGAUCCGUUUUUAUUUUAACACAGGAAAAAAUAACGGAUUCCCAUUUUCGGAUAUUUUAGGGUAUUUAAAGAAUACCCAUAAAAACCCCAAAUUUGGCAAAGUGAGACAAGUCCCAACCAGGGAAUUCCCAACCAAGUUCCCUGAUUGGGACUUGUCUCACUGUUCCAAAUUUGGGAUUUUUGUGGGUAUUCUUUAAAUACCCUGAAAUAUCCAAAAAUGGGAAUCCAUUAUUUUUUCCUGUGCAAGGUUCCUUGCUUGUGAGCAUUCUGUUUCAGGAAAUUAUCGACUUCUUUACUGUGGUUUUUCUGAUCUUUCUUAAUAUGAAAUGUUUUCCUCAGCCUCACUUGUAACAAUAAAGCAAAGUGUGCCUCCUUCCCUUGACAAAAAUACCAUCGCGAUUUCCUUUGCUAUUGAGCAGUCAAAACUUAUUAUCAGUUGUUGCUUUUGCCGAACCCUGUGGGCAAAAUUGCCAUAACAACAUGCCCAGCAAGCAGCUGCUUCACAGCCGUUUCCUGCUCCCUCUUAAGAAUAAUUUUCUGUUUCUCUCUGCUCACAUAAAGACGUUGUGGAGCUUUAUCGAUACUUAAUUCAGCAGAGUCUGCCAUUAUUUUCCUCAACAGUUUGCCAUCUGCUCCCUUGGGAAAUAUGCAAAGAAUCAUUUAACAUGAUUGACAUAUGUAUGGCCCUCGACCAAUCCAUUUUCUCUGCACACUGGUUUGCAGACUAUUCAGAAUACUGGGGUAUUCUGGCAGGCAGUAUUUCAAAUGCCUCGUCCCACUCCCUUUUUUGGAUCACUGCUCCACCGCCAAAACUUUAAUCACACACCAAGACAAUACCGCCAGCUAGGCAGGCUAAUUGGUUGGUUAUGAUGACAGAUAAAAUGCCAGGGCUGUGCUGUCACAGAGUCCAGUGGCCCCCUAGCGCCCAACUUUUGCUCUUGGGCAUCUAGAAAAUCUUGGAUUUUUUAUACAAAUCAUAUGCAAGGCACCCUAGAUUUUACAGGUUCAGAGCACUGGGCUACCUUUAAUUUUCCUUAGAGCACAGCCUUGAAUGCACAUUAUUUUGAAGCUGAAUAUCUGCAUGGUCUGGUGCAGUGAAAGCAUCACUAUUAACAGGAAUUUGUAUUUGUUGAAACUUUGUCAAAAUUGUUCCAACUCACUAAUGUGCCAAGUGUAGGUACAUUUUCCUGUAGUUGAAUUUGUGAAGACCACACAGUCUAAGUUUAGAGAGAGAAAAAAGAAUAGAAGUGAAAGAAAAAUCUCUUGUUGAUAAAUUCAUGGGACUGCACCUAAGUUUAGAAGGAGAAAGAAAAAAUUGGUUGUCAGGUUGUUUACGUCCUCCAUAACACAUUGCUGCCGGAAAUUUCGAGUCUUAUUUUUGCAGUGAUAGCAAAGAAAUAUACCAAAAGCGUGAUGCAUGAGCAGAGGUGUUGUUUAAUAACUUUAAACAUAUUAUAUCUUUGAUGCUCACCAUAAUGUCGGCCAUUUUUGUAGCUAAAACUUCCUUUAAUACUGUGGAAAAAGGUGUAAGUAUGAUGCUUCUGAUUUUUUUGAAAUUCCUCUUAUCCUGCCACUGAACAUGUCAAAUGUCAAUCUUUUUGUUUUCAUCAGAGCAAGAACAUGACCUAGUAGCAUUAAUUCCUGUGAGAGACAGAAGACUUAAGCCAAGAAGAACGUGAGUUAUCUUCCCCUUAAGAAAUAUUUGUCAUCAUACUCUUAAAUAUGGUUGUUAUUAUUUCCCCUAACAAGGCAAAACCCAGCAACAACAGCAAGAUUCAGUCUUGAACUAUUAAUGUUGCAAAUAUUUCAAAUAUAUUGAUUUCAUCAUUUUGAACUAAUGUGCUAAGUCUUUGUGACAUAAAAACAAAAUAUUCAGAAAAUUUAGAAGGUUUUAUUGCUUGUGGUUCUUGUGGCAAAUUGGCGAUCAGUUCGGUUCAUUUACUUGUCACUAUAGUAAAAUACAUAAAGUUUAAAUAAAUAAAAGAAUUAAGUAAACAGCAAGGGUGCCCAGAGGAAUCUAAGCGGCCUGGCAUGAGAAAUCAAGUGCCAGAGUCUGAAAAAGGGACAGAAAUUCAGGGCAAUGAAAAAACUUUCCUCUCUCCCUCCAACCCCCGCCCCCCGACACACACACUAUAGCUCUCCUGCUUCAUUUCCUGGACAAAGAAAAAUCCCAGUCCCAAUAGUGACAAACAUCAAUUUUCUCCCAAUGAUAUCCAUACCUUUUCAAGAGAUAAGGUUAUGAGAAAUAAUGAAAUGAUCACUAAAGAGAAAAUGCUUUGAUCUUUUAUGAAAUUCUCUCGACUGAUUCUUUAAGGAAAUGUAUACAGAUCAGUUUGGAGAAGUAUGUAUGUGCACAUUGGGGCUUAAAGGGUGAAAAUAUUCUAAUAAUAUAUUUAUCUGGAAAAUUAUGUUUUAACCUUAACUGUUUGCAUUCUAGAGAAUAAGAUUUUUCCGCGUUUUUGAAAAUUAGCAAAAAAAUAUGCUCUCGUUGUUAUGAAUUAGCUAGGGAUUUUUUUAGAGUAUUUAAGGAGUGUUGAAUGCAAAUUUAGUCCUCUUGGUGAUCUCUCUGGAGGCACGCACACGCAAUAGCAUAUGGCGUCACUGUCGUUAUUGUUGUCACACGCGGGUAUGGUGUCUGUAGGGAAUUUAGACGAGAGUGAAUGACUCCAAAGCUUCCUAUAUGUAAGGUAAAGUUUUCAUGUUAAUGUUAUUUUUCAGGGUCCUGUAUCUCCUCUUGGCAAUUUUUUUCUGCUUGGCGAUUGCCACAGUUGUCGGAGUCAUCUUUUUCCCUAGAAAUAUUACAAUUCAUUUGGAAAGUGCAGCUCCGGUGAAUGUUUCAAUACCAAGAUCAAACAGUUCAGAUCCGUUUAUCAUUAUAAAUGUGAGUAUUGAACAGUUUGUGCUUCAAAGUUUUCAUUGCUCAUAGGGAGAAUUUUUUUCGGUGGUUGGUUGUUUCCUUUCUUUCUGUUUCUAUUAUACACUUAAUGUCAGAUCUCCAGGGAAACAGUUAGUUUUGUUUUUCCGACAGUCCUGAUAACAUCAAGACUCGAGGGAGAACAAAACUAACUUGUUUCCCGAGGGACCUUACCUGGAUAUGGGCCAAGUCUUUUUUUUUGCAUUUUUUAUUGACCAAGAUGAAGUUGAGGUCAAUAAAAAUGUAAGAGAGAACUAGGCCAAUAUACAGCCAUCUCGAACAAACCAGCCUGGUCAAUAAGGAAUUUAUUAUAUGGUCCCUUUUGGGACCAACAUGGGAAAUCAUGAGUAGGCAAGAGAGUCCAGCUUGUCCGCUCAAUUAGCCAAUCAGAACAUAGAAUUUGCUUUAUCUUUCCCGCCCGCAGACUCAACCCUAUUAUAAAUAUAUUACCGUAAAUCCUCUAUUAAGCCCCCCCUCUCUAAUAAGCUGCCCCCCUCCCCCUCCCCUCCAUCCUUAUUCUUCACAAACAAUAAUUAACAUGGACUAAUCAGUUAUGGUUUCUUUAGGCUGGAAAUUCAUAAAUUUUGUUUUUGGUCUUCGGCUGCAUGACCUCCAACUUCAUGUGCUGAACUUUUUCAACUUCAUGCUCUAGUUCUCUGUGGAGAAUUGCUACCAUUUUCUUAUUGUUAGAAAAAGCAGUAUAACGCCCAGGAACCGCAAGUCUGUCCCAUUGAUGCAUUUUGCUAAAUUAAAUAAGCCUCCCCUCUCUUUUAAACCCUCUCUCUCGCUAUUAAGCCCCCACCCCCCUCAAAAGUGCUUGAAAAAAAUAGGGGCUUAAUAGAGGAUUUACAGUAAAUAGACAUUGUAUAUUCAAGUGAAUAGGGUUGAAGUUAUAUGCAAUGCUUUAAGAGAUUACGAAAUCAGGGAGUGAUCAGAGUGGAGUGGUGUCUGUGGCCUCCCAGUGGUCCUCAAUGCUAUGGGAUGGAUGCCUAGGUGCAUAUAUACAGUUAGUCUGUUUUCUCAUAGAAAUCAUUUUGAUGGCUCACAAUAAACAUUUCAUUCUGAUCAUUUUGUUACUUUGCAGAGUACUAUCUCUAUUCACAAUUCCAACUUUUUUGAGGCACAUCUGGACCAUUUUAACAUUGAAGUUAAUUGGGAAGACUAUGUGGUGGCAAAUCCUGAUAUCCCAGGAGGUGUUAGAGUUAAGCCACGUUCUACCCUCAAUGUAUGUGCUUGUAAAACUAAUGAAUAAUAUAUGACUUAAGAUCAAGAGUCACAUAGAAGUUAUUAGAGACCUUUAGCUGCUAAGAUGAGUACGACAAUGAGUACGAGAUUUUCUCAAUACUAAGUAGUGCGCGCUUGUGAACCAGCGUCAUUUUGGCGGGAAAUAUAGUAGCCGUCGUCACUCUACUACAAGUUUUAGCUAAAAUGUCAAGGUGGCAAAAACAAGUUAUAAUGUUAGAAGUUUUAUCAUUAAUUUUGCGAUCGGGAGAGGGUGUAACCUCCUUUACUAUUAAAAGUUAACAGUGCUAACUUUUCUACUGAAAAAUGGUAAAAUGAAGCUUUCUGGGGAGUCAAUAUUUUGAGAAUACGUGAAAAAGCUUUUAAGUCAAAUCUUGUACUCGUUGUCAUACUGAUCGUAGAAUCUAAAGGUCUCUAUUAAGGAGGCAGCUUGGCCGAAUGGUUUUAUAAUUAUUAAAGUGCUGAAAUUACAGUCAGAAGGCCUCACAUUUAACCCUUUAAGCCCCAGUAUCCACAUACAAAUUCUCCAAACUGGUUUCCAUACAUUUCCUAAAGAAUUAGAUGAGAGAAUUUGAUAAUAGAUCAAUGCAUUUUCUUUUGCGUGAUCAUUUUAUUAAUUCUCAUGACCUAAUCUCUUGACAGUGUAUGGAUAUUAUUAGGAGAAAAUUUAUGUCAGUCACUGUUGGGACUUAAAAGGUUAAUCACUGCCCUAACCACUAGCUGUAUUUUUUCCCUGUUGUGCCAGUUGGUCACAAUUGUAAAUAGCCAACUGGUUUGUCUCUGGCCGGUUGGGAUUCUUACCCUUGUUAUGUUUAUUUCUGUCCUUAUUUUGUAGGCCGCAAUAAAAAAUACUGGGCUACUAGACAUUGAGUCACACAUAUAAAAUCAAUUUUUUAAAUUCUACACACCCCUUUUUUAUUACUCCUUUUAAUCAUUUCACAAGUUUUUUCAGGGCAAAUUAAAAGGACUGAUAUAGCAGUUAAUAAGUGCAAGACAGAGUAGUAGAUUUAUUCAGGACCAUGGGUGGGGGGUGGGGGAGGGGUCACUCCCUUGUCUGGCCUAAACAAGUAUGUGCUGGAUAUUGUUUUCAAGGGUUUGAGGUUUUCACUAUUUUAAUGUCUUAAGAAGGUUGCCUUUUUAGGCCACAAGCCUUUCAAAGAGUGUUCUGGUUGGUGAUGAGCAGUUAACGUUUGUGCUACAAGCAAUCUGGCUUUGUCCAAAAAAACUCUAAUCCUGUGAUGUUAGUUUUUAAAAAAAUACUUAAUUGCUUAUGUAACUGGAUCCAAAUACAAUUAUACCAAAAAAAGCUAGUUAAGCCAAGAAAGUAAGAUACAGUAAUAGCCUAAUUGACGAGGCUGUCAUUAAGAGCGAGAGGGUGGGGAUUUCCCCCUGCUAUUAUGAAUGUGGCCCCCGGAAAAUAGAAGAAAAACAGAACCAAAAGAAAUCCCUAGCUGUUUGAUUCACCACCUACUUGUUGCAUUUACCCAGCAACUUGAAAUCUUAGUGACAUCCCUGGAUUGAUUUUUGUAGGGUUUUGGUAACUUUUUUAUUUGUUUACCUUGGAUAAUAUAUGGACUUUUCAUGGAAAAACUGUUUUAAGGGUCUUUGGCACAGUUAUUGCUUUUCUAUAGUUAAAAUUUACAAACAUUUAAAUACUAGGUAAAGAAUCCCCAUGCCCGGAGCUGUACCCUUGUUAGGACAGGUUGACUCCCUGUUAAGCAUAGACCUGCAUGAAAUCAUUAUACUCAGUGAUUUUGUCACAAAUAGUUAUGGUGAGUCCUGGGACUCAUCUUCAGUGUUCCAGUUAAUUCUUUCAAGCGGGGGGUCAUGUUAACCAUCUGAGGGGUCACCAAGAUCACAUGCUAAUUUUUUUUUUGUUAUAUUUAACUGGACACUUAUAUGUCAUCUGUCAGGUCAGGAAGCCUUCUUUGUCAGGUCAUUGACCCCAGACCGGUCUCUUGUCUGAAACACUGCAUCUUGUGAAGAAAUUUUGAGUCCCACUCCAGAACCACUGAGUCACAAGUCCUAACUUGAAAAUGCCUUGGCCUUUAUGUGACCAGACAGAAAAAAGAUAUUCUUUUGUAAAGCACAACAAAGAUCAAAAGAAAUAUUUGUCUUUAAACAACAGCCACAUGAACAGCCAUAGAAAUCACACAGACAGGAUAUUCUACAAAAACGUCUUCAGAUCAAUCGAUCUUUACGUCCUACAGGACUCAUGCAAUGAACUUUUGUGAGUCUUUGGGGAUUUUUAUGCGUCAGGGGUGCAGGACGCAGAAGUAACAAAAUCACUCUAUACGUACUGUCCAGAAUCAUGUCCUUGCGCAGGUGGUAUGAGCCAUGUCCCUUGUGGCACCAUUAGUGUAAGUAGCAGAGUUUGUUAGUAUGCAUUUGAUGAAAUCAAGAGCAGUUGUACUUAUCAAGGAAAUUUUUCCAUUACAGCAUACAUUUUAUGUAACCACUACAUACUCAAAGCAAGAGGCUGACAAAAUUAGGUAAGUUGUAUUGUGAACUCUGAAGAUUAAGGUGCAAUCCAUCAGGAAAUUGAGUAAUUUUAGUUUUCAUUGGACAAAAAUAAAAAAGAAUGCAAUGUGCUUUAAAUUAUUCUGGUGCAAGAUUUUUGUCCACUGAAAAAAAAAUUACUCAAUUACCUAAUGGAUUCCAUCUUAAUAUAUUUCUUCUUUCUUAGUACCUGUAUGUCAGUGCAUUUGAAUGCACAAUAAUCUUCAUGUUUUUUUAUAUGACUCUGGGCAUCAACAUCCUCAUAACUAUUUAUUGGUUCUAAUUCCCAUCCUGUUUCCUAACUCCCAAUUCCACCUUUUAUUUCUGUUAUUGUUACCAUUUCCUCAUGCAGCCCCCCUUCCUCUGCUCUCACAGUUCCAAUCUUCUUGCUCCCGGUUUCCACCAUUUGUCUCUCUAAUCCCAGGUCCCACUUCUCUUUUAACCACCUUUUCACAGUUCCUCUUGAUUUUCUUCCAGUCACCAUCUCUUUGCUCCAAUUUCCCAUUCUCUUUUUUCCUAUCUCCCUUUUCUCAUUCCAGGGGUCAAUUUAAUAAAAUUUUUACACGUGUAAUUUAGAGUGCAGGCAUUGUUUUAGAGUCUGAGAACAAUAGCUACACUUGAAAAUUACUUGUGUAAAAGUUUUACUAAAUUGACCCUUGGUUGCACCCUUUCUGUUCUAGUUUUGUCCUCUUUUUCCCAGUUACCUCCCCGCUUCAUUGGGAAAAGUUAAUUAAGUUAUCUUCUCUUUUGGCAGGAGGGUCUGUUGUGGUUGGUCAUUUAAUCUGGCCUUUUUGAUAACGUAAGUAAAAUGGCUUCAUACAUAAUACCAUAUGUUCUGUUAGAUACAUGUAUGUCAGAAAGGUUUUUAAAUUUUUAUAAAGACAGGAACAGUGAAAAUAAAUGUAACCAAUUCAGUGAAAUUUACACAUUUCUUUUAUUGGGGCUGAGCUCUGAGUUACCUGUAAUGGAUAGAAAAUGAUGGGUGGUCUAAUAUCAUUGUCUUCUGUAUACUGUUUUAUUCCAUUGAAUGGGGAACACAAAGGUCUCCUUGUGUGCAUUUUUACUUUUCAGUACAUUUCAUUACUACAUUGUAAAUUUUUUAAAGUACAUUCUUGACAACACUUGUUUAAAGGGGCGUGUGUUGGGCCAAAGUGUUGCAAGGGUGCAUGCCACGAUCAUUCAUGUGUGUGGUUGCAAAACAUGUUUCCGCAAAAAAAAAAUGAUAUUUAAGUCAAGCCAAUAAAAUAAUGAUAUCACUACCCAGAUCUGGGUAUACUGUAGGGGCAUAAUUAUCAUCAGUAUGGAACUUCUGCACUUGUUCUUCAGUUGUCCUUUUGCAAGGAAAUCUGUGGUGUUGUUGAAAAAUUUCAGUUGUUUUCUCAGGCUAUAGGAAUGUGCCUCACUCAUACAACCAUUAAUUUUUGCUUUUGCUAUUUUAAACUUGUACAAUUUUACUUGUUCUUGUCACAAUCACAAACUGUCUCUAUUAAAACAGUUCUGUUACACCAUGAGUCUUUAUUUACAGGGUUUCAGCCAAGACUCACUCUCUGACAACAUUAUCUGAGGCAUCAGAUUACAGAUUUAAAUACAUCAACUGCCAACUGCAAGGAAUGGAGUGGUGGAAAACAUGCUUUGAUGAUUAUUGA